CCUAGCAACCGAGGACCCUGGCGGCGGCCCGGUGGCGCGGGAGCGGCGGCCAGGGGAGAGCAGGACUCCGGUAAAAUCUGAGGAAGUGGAAUUUGCCACAGAAGCAGAAGAGAGACUUUGAUGUGCUUCGACUGAGUCAUUCUCCAUGGUCUUACCCUAUGUAGAAGAUUUUGUGUACCUUCACCUCAGCUCAGUAGUAUUUAACUGAUGCCAUGGAAACAAGGAAUCCAACUGUGCUCCAAGGAUCAUCUCAGGACGUAAAGCAAAGAAACAAGCCUUUGAUAAAAGGCAUUCAAACUCCAAAGAAGGAAGUGAUCAGAUUAGAUGCUGUAAGGAUGCUAGAUCGAAGUCAGUCAAAACCUGAUACUCAUGAAACCCAAAGAAUCAUAUCUGUCUUGGAUGAGACGAUUGUCAAGCUGGAAUUGAGCAGCUUGAUCCCUUGUAUUAUUGACUCCCUGGAUAGGUUUGCUGAUAUGCUGGGACCUGAGAUCACAAAUGACCUGAUCAAGCACCAAAAGCUUUCAAGUGAAAUGGAGCACCUACUUUCCAGCUUUCAAGAAGAGGACACCACAAGAGCUGAGGAACAGAGGGGCUGUCUUUGUUUGCUAGAGCAACAUCUGAAAAGUUCUGUUAGAAAUGUUCUGAGACUCUUGCUGGCCAACCCUUCGCUUUGUCAGGCUCUGAAAUAUGAAGUCUGUGCAAGACAGUCAUCAGCUGAAGUGUUUAUCAAAGCCUUCAGGGAGUUCAGGAAUUUAAUGCAUGAGAGACUUCUAACUAGUCCCUUAGAAGAAAAAGAGAAGAUUCGGUUCACGGAAGACAUCUCCCACCGGAUUAAGAAAAACACUGAAACACUCACAGCUUUAAGGGCAGAACUGGCAGCAACAAUCCAGUCUCGAGAUGAAAAGAUUCACAGGAAGGACAAUGUGAUCAAAGACCUCAAAAACUCCUUGCAAGAUGUGGCCGACAACUUCAAGAUCAGUGUCCUGCAGGUUAUGCAGGAAGGGGAAAACCAGCAAAAAGAGGAGCUGCGAGCUUCCCAGGCCAAGUGUGCUAGGCUACAGCAGGACAUUCAGCAGCUAAGAGCACAACUCUGUAUGCUUGUACUGGAACAUCGAGAAUCAGAGCUGGCUCUCAGAAAGAAGAAGUGCAAAGUAGAGAUGGAAAUUGAGAAGUGGAUCCAGAAAUAUGAUGCGGACAUGGGGGAAAAACAGGCUGAGUAUGAGGAGCUUUAUGCUCUUUACUCCGAGGAGAAGGCCCAGGUGUCCCUGCUGCAGGAGAAACAUGCAGUGCUUAUCGAAGAGUAUUCCCAGAUUGAGGAGGAACGCAGGAUACGUCAGAAGAAGAAGGAACAAGAUUUGGAGGAGUUGACCACCAUGACCCUUGCUGCCACCCGCAUCCAGGCCUUCUGGAGGGGAUACUUGGUCCGGUCUCUUUUCAAGUCAAAAAGGAAGAAGAAGAAGAAGGGAAGAGGCAGGAACCUCAACAAAUAAGCACAAAAUCUAUUCUCUCUGCUGCUGGCUCCUCUGGCUCUUCCAGAUAAAAGCAUUAGCUGAUAUAACCUUUGCUCUCAGGCCAAAGCUUUCCAGGGCUGGGGUUGGCUCUCAAAGUAAGUCAAGGAAGUGGCAUAAAGACAUGUCUCAACUUUUUAGGUUUAGCUCUGUUGCCAUGGAAAGGAGGAGGGUGUCUCCUGAUGAAGGGACUAGACCAAUCGGGAGUGCAGAUUCCUGACUUGUCUCUCUAGCUUUAGUCCGCAUGCCCAAAUUGUGCUUGUGUGUCAAGGCCCAAUUCUGUUGUUACUGAAGAUGGCAA